AUGCGCCCGUAUCAGAAGAUCAACCAUUUUGUGGGGACAAAUGCUAUAUCAAGAAAGAACUAUCUCGCCCGGAACCUUCUGCGAAUGAAGGCAUAUUAUCCCAAGGAAUACAAAUUCUUCCCCCACACUUGGUCUCUACCAGCAGACCUGGCUGACUUUCGAUGCCAGUUUACUGGUAGUAGACGCAAAACGUUCAUCAUCAAGCCAGAUGCGAGCAGCCAAGGCCGCGGAAUUUUCUUGACUCGAAACAUAGAGGAUAUUGAUCCAACUGAGCACCUGGUCGCCCAACGGUACCUUCAUAGGCCCUUUCUCAUUGACGGCCUCAAGUUCGACCUGCGUAUAUAUGUCCUGCUAGCAGGAUGCAAUCCGCUGCGACUGUUUGUUCAUCAGGAUGGACUGGUCCGCUUCGCCACGAGUCCGUACGCCAAGCCAACGGGGAAAAACUUGCACGACAAGACGAUGCAUUUGACGAAUUAUGCCAUCAACAAGUCAUCGUCAAAUUUUAAGCCAAACAGGGAUCCAUAUAAUCCAUCGAAAGGCCACAAAAGAAGCCUAUUUCACGUUCUCGACCAGCUGAAGAGAGAGGGCCAUGAUGUGGAUGCACUCUGUAAAGAGAUCGAUGAGUGCUUAUGCAAGACAAUAAUUGCGAUUCAACCGUCCCUUGCACACAUUUACGGUUCGUGUAAGGGUGAAGACCUCAGUAAUUCAAUGUGUUUCGAAGUUCUUGGAAUCGACAUCAUGAUUGACCACAAACUCACCCCCUGGCUCAUUGAAGUUAACCACUCUCCGUCGUUUAGCACGGACAGCGAACUCGACACGAUUGUCAAGUUCAAGGUGAUUCGAGACGCCCUGGUUCUGCUGGGACUGUCCUCCGAGAAUCGGCGCCGGUACCAUGCACAGCAGCGUGUCAGGGCGGAGCAAUGGCGAAUGGCGAUGCCGAAGCAGACGAGAGAAGAAAGAUUGGAGGAUCGCCGGCAAAUGAUGAACGAGCUCGCGAAACGUAGAACAGAAUGGGAGGAUGCGCACAUGGGGGGAUGGAGACGGAUCUUCCCGACUGAAGAGCGUGCCGCGAAGUAUAGCCACUUGUUUGAAGCCGCCGACGAGAUAUGGCAGUCUAUGACUGGCAUGUGCAGAACAAAACCUAUUCUGAUGCAGCUACAAGAGGCAAGACGCCGCCAGAAAUUGGCUGGAUGCGGUGCAGAGCUGCCGGGUCAAGAAGAAAAGUUGGAGCGAGUCUUUUCGUCGGUUUCCGUUUCUGGUGCAUCGACGACGACAUCGCGUUCCCACAGCAACAUACAAAAGGCGAUACCUAAAAGGAAACACACGCAGAGCACUCGUUCUUCAGCAAACCUCCAGUCUGCUUCUCUAACACAAGCAGCUCGGAAUGCAAGGGGGCAAAUGACAGAAUCGACUGGACAGACAACAGAACAAAGCUCGCCCUUCCAGCAAGGCAGCUCGGCGGCCGAUUCUUCCAGGACCCAGGCUGGCGCAGCCUCUGCCAGAGACGCACGAGAUGGAGCUUUUUCCCGACAAACGGGCUCUAAACCUCUUUCCCAGGGCACAGUUCACCACUCGACGCCUCCGGUAGAGAGUGCCAGCUGUGGGAAUAUACGAAAGUGCAAGGCAGGCAGCCGAGAUCCGGCGCUGCGGGCCGAAGCGGCUCCGCGCUCUGAUGCAGGGGACGCUCUGAGAUCUCCACGGGGGCAGGAAGAAACCUUACACAGUGCAGAAAAUACGGGCUUGACCCCGGGGGACCAGGCUCAAGCUCCAGAAUGUGGAAGACCUGCCAGCCCUCAGCUGGUCCGUAAACAGGCUUGUGAGGUGAAGGAGGGAACCCAAACGAAGCUGUGUUUGGCCCGCACCACUGUGGCGCGUGCCCCCAACCUCUUGACGGCCAACAGGAAACGCGUCAAGAAGAUAAACAAGCGGAACACCAAUUCCCCCUGCACGACAACUGCAUGCUUUCCCUUUCCGUGGCACGCAGCGGGGGUGACCCCGUCUUCUUUGCCCGUUGCCUCAGAGCAAGAACGCCAGGCGACGGAAGGUCUUAAGAUUGUGCGGGUUGGAGACCUACGAUGUAUAGCUGACGCACUGGAGAAAAAUCGGCCGACACUGCAAAGGAAAAAGAUGCCGGCACGAAAGGAAUGA